CAAUAUAACACUUUAUUAUCAGGGUGGGGAGGCGGCUGAGCUGAAACAGAAAGUAAAGUUGUUCUUUUGUUCAGGAUCCAUUUUGAGACGACAGAGCAGAAAACACUACAUGGAGAUUAUUGAAAAAUAAAGGGUCAGUGCUCUAAAAUGAGUCUCUCCGGGAAGAGAGAGGAGGGGGGCCCUGCCUCUAAAAUGAAUCUCUCUGAGGGACAUGACACCAAAGCUAAGAGUCCAAUCAAGCAGGAGAGACCAGCCUCCCCUGUUCCCAGCUGUGUGUCCAUGAAGAGUGACCAGUCUAUGGAUCAUCCUAUAGAGUUUAGAGAGGGAGACUUUUCUACUGAACAAAGUCCAAUCAAGCAGAAGAGACCAGCCUCCCCUGUUCCCAGCUGUGUGUCCAUGAAGAGUGACUGGUCUAUGGGUCGUCCUAUAGUGUUUAGAGAGGGAGACUUUUCUACUGAACAAAGAAACCAACAGGAGAGAUCAGAGUCAGAGAUUCUCAGUGGUCAGUCUUCCCAGAGUCAUCAAACAGACCUGGCCUCCAUAUUCAGUAUGCUUGAAGAGAAAAUUAUGACAUUUGUGAAGAACGAGCUGAAGAUGUUCAAGAGGAUUCUUAGUCCAGAACUCCCAGAAGGCUUUGAGAGUCAGAAGCAGGAUAAGGAAAGCAGUGCCAGAGAGGGGGCUCUGAAGAUCACAUUGCACAUCCUGAGGAAAAUGAACCAGAAGGAGCUUGCUGACACACUGGAGAAAUAUUCAGAUGAUCUCGCUGUGAUUUGCCAACGUGAACUCAAAUCUAAUCUAAAGAAGAAGUUUCAAUGUGUAUUUGAGGGGAUCGCUAAACAAGGAAACCCAACACUUCUCAAUAAGAUCUACACAGAGCUCUACAUCACAGAGGGUGGAACAGGAGAGGUCAAUAAUGAACAUGAGCUGAGACAGAUUGAGACCACAACCAGGAAACAAGCAAGACCAGAGACUGCAAUCAAAUGUAACGACAUCUUCAAACCCUUAACUGGACAAGACAAACUUAUCAGAACUGUGCUGACAAAGGGAGUCGCUGGCAUUGGAAAAACAGUCUCUGUGCAGAAGUUCAUUCUGGACUGGGCUGAAGGAAAAGCAAAUCAGGAUGUCCAAUUUGUAUUUUCAUUCCCUUUUCGGGAGCUGAAUUUGAUGAAAGAGGACAAACACACUUUCAUUGAACUUCUUAAUCACUUCUCAAUGGAAACCAAACAAUCAGGAAUCUCCAUCUACAACAAGUACAAAGUUCUGUUCAUCUUUGAUGGUCUGGAUGAGUGCCGACUGCCCCUAGACUUCCAGAAGAACAAGAUCUGUUGGGACGUCACAGAGUCAACCUCAGUGGAUGUUCUGCUGACAAAUCUCAUCAAGGGAAAUCUGCUUCCCUCUGCUCUCCUCUGGAUAACUACCCGACCUGCAGCAGCCAAUAAGAUCCCUUCAGGGUGUGUUGACCAGGUGACAGAGGUACGAGGGUUCAAUGACCCACAGAAGGAGGAGUACUUCAGGAAGAGAUACAGUGAUGAGGACCUGGCCAGCAGAAUCAUCUCACACAUAAAGACAUCAAGGAGCCUCCACAUCAUGUGCCACAUUCCAGUCUUCUGUUGGAUUUCUGCUACAGUCCUUGAACACAUGCUGAAACAUAAGAGAGAAGAGAUGCCGAAGACUCUGACUGAGAUGUACACACACCUUGUGGUGUUUCAUACCAAACAGAAGAAUGAAAAGUAUCUUGGGAAAGAAGAGACAGGUCCACACUGGAAUAAAGAGAGCAUUCUGUCACUGGGAAAACUGGCUUUUCAACAGCUUGUGAAGGGCAAUCUGAUUUUCUAUGAGGAAGACCUGAAAGAGGCUGACAUUGAUGUCAAUGAAGCCUCAGUGUACUCAGGAUUGUGCACACAGCUCUUUAAAGAGGAAUGUGGGCUGUACCAGGACAAGGUGUACUGCUUUGUUCAUCUGAGCAUUCAGGAGUUUCUGGCUGCUGUAUAUUCUUCAGUUACUUUCUACAAGUCCAGUGUCUUUUCUUCGCUGUUCAGAGAGAAGCCUAAAGUUACUGAAGUUACUUUCUACACGAGUGCUGUGGAUAAAGCCUUACAAAGUGAGACGGGAAACCUGGACCUUUUCCUCCGCUUCCUUCUGGGCCUCUCACUGGAGUCCAAUCAGAAGCACUUACGAGGUCUACUGACAAAGACAAGAAGCAGCUCACAGAGCCAUGAAGAAACAGUCAAGUACAUCAAGGAGAAGAUCAGGGAGAAUCCCUCUCCAGAGAGGAGCAUCAAUCUGUUCCACUGUCUGAAUGAACUGAAUGACCAUUCUCUAGUGGAGGAGAUUCAAAGAUACCUGAGCUCAGGAAGUCUCUCAAAACCCAACCUGUCACCUGCACAGUGGUCAGCUCUGGUCUUUGUGUUGCUGACUUCAGAAAAGGAGCUGGAUGUGUUUGACCUGAAGAAAUACUCCAGAUCAGAGGAAGGUCUUCUGAGGCUGCUGCCAGUGGUCAAAGCCUCCAGAGCUGUUCUGCUGUCAGGCUGUGGAGUCACAGAGGAAGGCUGUGCUUCUCUGGUCUCAGCUCUGGAGUCAAACCCCUCACACCUGAGAGAGCUGGACCUGAGUAACAAUGACCUGAAGGAUUCAGGAGUGAAGCUGCUCUCUGCUGGACUGGAGAAUCCCCACUGUAAACUGGAGACUCUGAGGCUGUCAGGCUGUCUAGUCACAGAGGAAGGCUGUGCUUCUCUGGUCUCAGCUCUGAGGUCAAACCCCUCACACCUGAGAGAGCUGGACCUGAGCUACAAUCACCCAGGAGACUCAGGAGUCAGACUGCUCUCUGCUGGACUGGAGGAUCCACACUGCAGACUGGAGAAACUCAAUGUGGAACAUGGUGGAGAGAACAGAAUGAAACCUGGACUUAGAAAAUAUGUCUGUGAUCUCACACUGGACCCAAACACAGUAAACAGACUCCUCUCUCUGUCUGAGGAGAACAGAAAGGUGACAUGGAGGAGAGAGGAGCAGCCGUAUCCUGAUCACCCAGAGAGAUUUGAGGACUGGGGACAGGUGCUGUGUAGAGAGGGUCUGACUGGGUGCUGUUACUGGGAGGUAGAGUGGAGUGGGAGAAUGGGGGCUGUUAUAGGAGUGACAUAUAAAGGAAUCAGCAGGAGAGGAGGGGGUAAUGACUGUUGUCUUGGAUACAAUGACAAGUCCUGGACUCUGUUCUGCUCUGACAACAGAUACUCUGCCUGUCACAAUAAUAAUCCCACUACCAUAGACGUCCCCUCCUCCAGCUCCCACAGAGUAGGAGUGUAUCUGGACUGGCCAGCCGGCACUCUGUCCUUCUAUAGAGCCUCCUCUGACACACUGACCCACCUGAUCACAUUCACCUCCACAUUCACUGAGCCCCUCUAUCCAGGGUUUAGGCUUUAUUUUGACUCCUCAGUGUCCCUAAAAUAAUAA